AUGAAAGCCUCGAAUAUCACCCAAGGAGGCAAGAAAGAACGAGACACGGAGGAAACAAAUGGGAGGAUCGACGAGUUUGCUGUGCGUUUCCAAGAGUAUACAAAUGUCAGCGUGCCGGUACCUACCGCCCUCUACGAGCCAGAAACGGAAGCUCCGUUCGCCGAGGAAGGAGCGGGAUGCUACAUCGAUGGCAAGCACUACUCCGAAGGCGCGCGAAUGCCCCGGGACCCGAAGAAGCCGUGCGAGGUCUGCUACUGCAUCCGCAACAGCAGCGCGUGCGUCCUGCAGGACUGCGAGCUGCACGUGGACGGCUGCUCCCCCGUGUUCUCCAGGCCGAGCUGCUGCCCCACAAGAUACAACUGCAGUAUAGAAGCGGCCACUACCGUUCCUCCCGGUUUGUUGUCAACUGAAGCUCCUGACACCGGUAAGCCUUCGUUUGAAGAUUUUAUUUAGCGGCGCUUUCUGGUGCAUAUAUAAUUUAGUAUCGCGUUUAACCACACAAAUGUUUAUUCUAAAGAUGGGCUGGGCUCCUAACUGCGCAGAACGAUUUCAAUUAUUGUUUAUCGUAUACCAAACUAGCCCGUCUAACAUACCUUAAUGUUACAAUAAGCUCGAGAACUCGUCUCAAAAUGUUUCGUAUAAAGUUCUAAGUAAUGCUCUGAUUUU